AUGAUUUUACCUCCAUCAAAGUACCAUGCUUCCAAAGGUCAUGGGUUUACACCAGCACUUCAUCGCGCAAGAAGGAGAUUCCUAGUUCGCAAUUCCGUGACUGGAUUAUUGCUACUGGGAUUUGUUGGUGCCGUGUACUCGUAUUCUUUCCUUGCGGUCAAACAAGAUGAUCUAGGUGAUAUUCCCCUGCCCCCGCUCCCUUCAACCAACAAGGAAGCGGAGCAUGAUCCUAAAUUAGAGAAAACAUAA